UUUCACAACCCUUCCAACAUUUUGCUUUUCUAGGAAACUCAAGACAUCAAUUUGUGUCUCCAUCUCCUCUUCUACCUUAACUCUCUGAUCUUUUUGGGAAUUGGCCAAGGGGCCUUUGGUUUCAUAAAGGUAUGGAUUUGAAUAAUGUUGAGUCACCAUUUUUAUUUGACGACCUUGGUGAUGAACUAUUGCCUCUUCCUUCUCUUUCUUGCAUAGAUAAUUGUUUUGUUCCUCAGUUCCCCUCCAUCUUGGAGAACAAUAAUAACUCAACUGUCUCUCCAACAUUAAAAAAUAGUCGCCGGAAAAAGCCAGUACCGGCCAAUACUUCAGAUGAUAAAGACGAUGAGAACAACUCCAAUGAACACAAAAAGAAGAAGAUAAUGCAUAGAGAUGUGGAGCGCCAAAGAAGACAAGAAAUGUCUUCUCUUUAUUCCACUCUUCGCUCACUUCUCCCUAUUGAAUACCUCAAGGGAAAACGGUCGAUAUGCGAUCACAUGCACGAGACAGUUAAGUACAUUCGGUACAUGCAAAGCAAGAUCCAAGAACUAUGUGAUAAAAGAGAUGAGUUGAAAAAAUUACAAUCCAAUAACCAAAAUCCUGGCAUGGUAGAAACAGAAACAUUACAAUCCACAAAAAGAGACAAAGUUGUGGUGAGAGCAAGAGAUGGAUCAGGAGGAAUUCAAGUUAUUUUAGACACUCCCACUCAACAUAGACUCACUCUUUCAAACAUUCUUGAAGCUUUAAUUGAUCAAGGCUUUGAAAUCCUUAGUUGCAGCUCCAACAAACUAAAUGACAGGUUCCUUCACACCAUUGAAUCUCAACCAGCUGUCUUUACCGAUACCAAUUCUCCUUUAAUCGACAUUUCUGACCUUCAAUAUAUGUUGGCAAAUUUGGAGUAUUGUCCUUUGGAUUAAUAUAUAAUCAUCGUCGUUAUUGUUCUCGCUAGUUUGAUCUGUUAGAUUUAUGGUGAAACCAUUUUCCUGGCAAGAAUCUUGAAUAAUAGGUAGUCUUGUAGUAGAUUUUUUUUUUGUUAAUGUUCGUACUAUGAAUAUUUCUGAUUAAAAUUCUACUUUUGUGGGAGAAAGUUAUCAACUACUUAUUAUCUUCAGUAAACUAUUGAUCACUUUUUCUCUCUU